CUCCACCUGUCGGCAUGGUCUCUCGUGCCUAGUACGCGAGGCCUUCCCAUCCAUAUCACGGUGCGCGUCCCCUUUUCAUUCAUCGGAAGAAAGCCGACGCGGUCUCGUGUGAGCGCCACCUAAUACUUACCGAGCUCCAUUGUCCCUGUGGCUACCGGGUGUAAGGCCACCGCUGUCUCCUCUUGCGCCCAUCCAAGCACACAGCUUUUACCCAUCCACCUAGCUCAGUCCUAUAUCAUCAUGUGGCCAUUCUCGUCUCGCUCAGCCGAGCGAAAGUAUGUCUCGCUCAUGUUCAAGGCAACCGCUUGCUAUGCUAGCUGGGAUCCAUUGAGGCCUGUCAACAUAGGUGAUUACGGCAGACUACAAGACGACGGCCUCGCAGCUCAGUACAAAAUCGAAAAGCACGCACAGGGAGAAGAUGAACUUCGUUACAUUGUGUCUGACAACGGCAAUGAGAUCUCCAUAGCUCCGGAUGUAAACGUGCCACAUCAAACACAAGAUUGCCUUCUCCAAGGUCGUGGCGCGCUUCUCGCCAUGCUCCGACCACACCUUACCACCAUCACCUACCCCGGGCGACUUUCUCGCCUUCUGGCUGCCCAGCGUGACUGGAAGGACUUUGUCCUCGUGUCCGAAGUCUACACCUGUCACUCUUACUGUUGGCUGGGCGCGAGCGUCCCCCUCGCGGCUGCAGUGGGCGUGCCGGUCAAUGUGGGCGGUGAUAUAGACGUAGAGUGGCAGACCGACUCUCACGGCGGAGAUUGGAAGUGUACGCAGCACGAACUAUUCGAGAAGCGAGAGACGCCGCUUUGUUACCCGCUCUUCAAGCUGGUCGCGCUUCACCGGCCCUUCGGAUCUCCUGUCUCUACUGUUCGAGCGUUCGAUUUGAGCUUCCGGUCGCACUGCCCCUUGGAUGAAGGACGAAGGAGCGAGGAGGAAGACGGAAUGAAGACGACGAUGUAGCCUGCAGAAAGAGGAAGAGAAGGUGCCAAAAUGGUCUUGCAGAGCCUUGUUCGGACAUUUGUAUCGAAGAUUCGGCAGGUAUCGGGAAUGUAACGGAA